AUGCACGCGCAGUUUGACGUCGCCAUCGACUCCAAGCCCACCGGCCGCAUUAUCUUCAAGCUCUACGACGACGUUGUCCCGAAGACUGCACGGAAUUUCCGCGAGUUGGCGACGGGCCAGCACGGCUUCGGAUAUUCCGGCAGCACUUUCCACCGUAUAAUCCCGAACUUCAUGCUCCAGGGCGGUGACUUCACGCGUCAUAACGGUACCGGAGGCAAGUCGAUUUACGGGGAGAAGUUUGCCGACGAGAACUUCAAGUUGCGGCAUGACAAGCCUGGUCUGCUGUCCAUGGCCAACGCGGGAGCCAACACGAACGGCUCGCAGUUCUUCAUCACGACGGUGGUCACGUCGUGGCUUGACGGCAAGCACGUCGUGUUCGGCGAGGUUUCCGAGGGCUUGGACAUCGUGAAGGCAAUUGAGGCGGUCGGCUCCGAGUCUGGCCGUCCGAAGUCGAAGGUCACGAUUACGUCUUCGGGCACGGUCUAA